AUGGAGGACUCGUCCUCAAUCUGGCCUAGUGUCCGCCGAUGGCGCUGGUCCCAACAGGAACAGGGAAAGCGCAAGCCCGAUGGUGACUAUGGCGGCCAAGUGCUGCGAUCGGCUAAGAUCAUUGUAGGCUCAGUAACUUGGAGGUCGGGGAGUUCAGGCCUGCCAGUAAUCGUUAUUGUUGCUUAA